AUGAGUUACGGCGGAUAUAACCCAUAUGACGGCGGCGGCAGGGGUUAUGGUGCGGAUCCCUUCGACGACCGGAAUGCUGCGCAAUAUGGAGCCGGAACACAUGAGAUGUCGGCUUUUAACGCAGGGGGUUCGCCUCAGAUGGCCCAACAGGGUUACGGAUCCCCAAGAACACAGGGCCAAAAUUCGAUCCUCGACGAAUGUAUCGAUAUCCAGAACCAAGCCCACGAGCUCGAGAACAAGCUGGGGGUACUUAAUGGGCUCCAGAAACGAUAUCUCGACGAUGCGGACACGUCCGGCGGUUCGAGCACCAAACGGGACCUCGACAACAUGACACAGUCUAUGAUGGACCAGUACAGGGCGUUGACGGAUCGUGUCAGGGCUGUGAAGCGCAACCCAGAGUCCCGCGAGCGGCGGAACCAAACCCAGGUCGAAAAGACUGACCGGGACGUUAGGCGGGCGAUCCAAAGAUUCCAAGAGAUGGAGGCAGCAUCCCGCAAGGAGAUUGACGAGCGAGCACAGCGCCAAGCCCGGAUCGCACACCCUGACGCGAGCGAGGCCGAGAUCAAGCAGAUUGUGCAGAGCGAUACGCAGGUUUUCCAGCAAGCUGUCUUGGGCAACCGUUCCGAACGCGCAAACCGUGCCCUUGGCGCUCACAAGCAACGCCGCCGGGAGAUGGAAGAGGUUGAGAAGCAGUUGCUCGACCUCAUAGAGAUCCUCAGCGAGACGCAGGAGCUCUUGAACCAGCAGGACGAAAUAAUUCAGACGGUCGAUAAGCAGAUGGAGGAGACCACAGAUGAGAUGAAGGCUGCCAACGGCGAUCUCACGGUGGCCACCUCAAAAGCCUUGUCAGCGCGCAGCAAGAAGUGGUGGUGCUUGGGUAUCUGCGUUCUCAUUGUCGUCAUUAUCGUCGUCGCUGUAGUUGCCUAUAUCAUGGUAAACCGCGCAGCAAACGGCGGAGGCGGAGGCGGCAACAAUGACAACAACAACAAUAAUAACAAUAACAACAACAACAAUAACGCCGACACCACCGGCAGCACCGCUGGCGAUACCACCGGUCAGACCGCCGGAGAUAACACCGCUGCUCAGAGGCGGAGCCCGUUCCAACGGAACGUCUUGGACGACCUACAAAUGAACACAGGCCGCACCGUCAGGAUCUCUCCUGAUGUUGUCCCGCGCCUCUCGAAACGUCUGUCCAUCGCGGCCCGGCGUGCGGGGGCGACGGCCAACCAAGAGGUCGAGGCUCUGACUAAGAAGCGGUUCGUUGUUGACUGGCAAGGUGUUGAUCCUACCGGGUCGGACGAAUAA